AUUAUGGCUCCUAGACAAGCAAAUAAAACUAACUACAACUUAAAUUAUAUAAAAACCAGAUGGAAAGAGCUACUAACAUUUGCUACGGAUCCAAGAAAGUUAUACGUUCCUGCGCUACUGUUUGUUUUUUUAGAAGUGUUCAUCAAUAUAUUGGUGAUUGAAAAAGUGCCUUACACAGAAAUUGAUUGGAAAGCUUAUAUGCAGGAAGUUGAAGGUGUUUUGAAUGGAACAUUUGAUUAUUCUAAAUUAAGGGGUGACACAGGGCCACUGGUUUAUCCUGCAGGAUUUGUUUACUUUUUUUCUGCGCUUUAUUUCAUUACUUCUCAAGGAUCAAACAUUAAACUUGCUCAGUAUAUUUUUGCAGUCUUUCAUAUAGUACUGUUAAUCUUAGUCUUCAGAAUCUAUGAGCGUACAAAAAAAGUGCCACCAUAUGUUUUAAUAGGUGUAUUUGCCACUUCUUAUAGAAUACACUCCAUAUUUGCUCUUAGACUUUUCAAUGAUCCUGUUGCUAUGAUUUUCCUUUAUGCAAGUAUCAACACAUUUUUGGAUCAGAGAUGGUACCUUGGUAGUAUAUUGUAUAGCUUGGCAGUUUCCAUAAAAAUGAACAUAUUGUUAUUUGCUCCUGCACUAUUGAUUGCUUAUAUUUAUAAUUUAGGAAUCAAUAAAACAACUGUGCAAUUAUCCAUUUGUGCAUUUGUGCAACUGCUUUUAGGUUUUCCAUUCAUUAUAAAUAAUCCAAUUAAUUAUGUCAAAAUAGCAUUUAAUUUAGGAAGGAUUUUUGAAUUCAAAUGGACUGUCAACUGGAGAUUUUUAUCAGAAGAAAUAUUUGUUAACUCAUAUUUCCAUAUCACAUUAAUAGUACUGCACAUUUUAACAUUAAUUUAUUUUUCCUUGAAGUGGAUGAAAUAUUAUGAAUCCUAUGCAAAACUGAAAGCUAUGCAAAAGGAUUUUUCUAAACAUAUCAAUAAAAACAAGAAGACGUAUGUUGACAUGUCCACUGUUUCACAAUUGUUUGUUCUACCACUGUUCAUGGCAAAUUUUAUAGGAAUAGUUUUUAGUAGAUCUUUGCACUAUCAAUUUUACAUAUGGUAUUAUCAUACAUUACCUUAUCUUGCUUGGUGCUGUGAUUUCAAUGUUAUGACUAAAUUAGGACUCUUGGGACUUAUAGAAUUGUGCUGGAAUACAUAUCCAAGUACCGUGUUGAGUAGUGCUAGUUUACACAUAUGUCAUUUGAUUUUACUGUAUGGAUUGAACAGCUACGUUGUUAAAACAUUAAAAACAUCUUGAAUUUAAUGAAUUACUUCGCACUAUUUUUGGAUAGUAAGAUGUUAAUCAUGAAAUGCAAAUACAUUCAAUAAAUGUUUUUUGUACAGAAAUAUUUUGAGAGACAAUAAAAGAUUGAACAUUUAAAUUAUAAACAAGACUUAAUACAUAUGUAUAUGUGUAAAUAACAACAAUCGGAAUAAAUAUUUUUUAUACGAU